CAAGGUUUUAAUCCGAUGUCAAAAUUGCAAAUGUCAUUUUGACGUAAAAUCAAAAUCGGACUUGUGAAAUUUGAAAUAGUUUUUUUUAAGAAAAGAAUUUAGAAGGUUUUUGUUAAACAUCGGAUUGCAUGAUGGACGCCAAAGAAGAUACAAUCGCUUCCAUCUUGUCUCAAAAGUCCAUUCCGUUUUUUUACAAAUGCAGAAAUGCUGAUUUAAUUCUGACAAGCUCUAAAGAUCUGGGAGAUGAUCUAAAGAUGAGAGAUGUUUACAAUUUGGCCAACCUCUGCCUGGAAAAUCCCUUAACUUUGUGCGCCCAAAGGAUAAUUUCUCGAUGUUUCGACCUAAUGGUGACCCAUUGUGAUCACAAGGAGCACCACUACAUAUCAGGACCCACCAAGAAUUUUCGAUUAAUCGAUUUAGUGAAAACAGCUUGCGAUAGGGUUGUCAAUGUCAGGAGGGAAGACCAGGGGAUGAGCGACAGAUUUAUGAUUUGUUUAUGCAACCUCAUCUGGAAGACGAUCUUGCCUUGUCCAAAGGCUUUGGAGAACUUUUUGCGAAUCGGAGGCGUUUUUACAAUUCUGGACGUCAUUGAGAAAAUUCCAAAUCCUUAUCGCAAACCUUGGCUAGGAAUGCUGGUAGAUUUUUGUUACGACAAUGCUGGAAGAAGCGAUUUUGCAAUUUCUGCUCAUGUUCAGGUUUUGGCUUGGAGGGGCAAAAAUGCCAGGAAGGGGAUUUUUGAACUUUUGGCCAAAUUAUACAGGGAUGAAGAAAAUUCAGAAGGAAAACUGUCUGCUGAUCAUCUUAAUUUGAAAAGAUGCGACAUCAAGGACAAAGAAAUUCAAACUGUCACCACCUAUGUGGAACCUUUGAUCGAACGCUGCAAGAUGUCGCCAGGUGAUAUCACACAGAUUGUGGAAUGCGGAGAAAUAGAUGUUUUACCAUUUACUAAUUUACCUUUUAAAAAUUGCAUUCGAGCAAAGGUCCAUGCCAUGUUACGAGUCUUAGACUGUUGCGAUGAUAAAGUCCAUGAAGACAUUGUUAAUAGAUAUGGAGUCGAUGGUGGAAAAUCUAGUUUGGACAUCCAUGAUAAAAUCACCCUGUUGUCUGCCAAAAAUUUCGAAUUGUCCUUCAAAAAGCAACUGAUGAACAUCCCUGAUGGUACAGAACUUUCUCCACAUGGUCUUAAUAUGAUGCAAACUUUGGAAAUGAGACGACACGAAGAAAAGGAGGAAAAAAUGUCCAGGGACAUCAUAGAAAUGUACAGACUCUCCAAGUUACCAAAAGCCCUCGAAGCAUUUGCAACCCUAAAACAUGCCGACAGGACUGCAAAUCGUCUGUCUCUGCUGCAGGAAAAACAGAAGCAAAUCGACUGUUUGAUGGAAUCGAGACCAGUACAAAUUCCUGGUGAAGAUUUUGCUCAGGAUGCACCAGAAACUUUCCAUUUGACGGUUGAUACGAAUAUUGCUGUUACUGCUGUGUACGAUCAGCACAUCAAGAUUAUCCGAGAUGUUUGAAAUUUGCCGGAAUUUACUUAAUAUUUUAUACACAUAUUUAAUAUAAAAUUAUUUUAUAUACUUAAAUAAUUCAUUCCAAAAUUCUGUUUUAAUCCUUUUUUUGUUACAAAUGACAUCAUCUAAAGAAUCCAUCACAACUUUGCACGCAAGUAUAAACAA